AUGUGUUCCACUGCUCCAAUGGAGGGAGAGGCUGGGGGCUGUGGUGGGGGUAACCAGGGAGAGGCAGGGGGCUGUGGUGGGGAGAGGCAGGGGGCUGUGGUGGGGGUCACCAGGGAGAGGCAGGGGGCUGGGGUGAGGGUCACCAGGGAGAGUCAGGGUGCUGUGGUGAGGGUCACCAGGGAGAGGCAGGGGGCUGUGGUGAGGGUCACCAGGGAGAGGCAGGGGGCUGUGGUGAGGGUCACCAGGGAGAGGCAGGGGGCUGUGGUGAGGGUCACCAGGGAGAGGCAGGGGGCUGUGGUGAGGGUCACCAGGGAGAGGAAGGGGGCUGUGGUGAGGGUCACCAGGGAGAGGCAGGGGGCUAUGGUGAGGCCUGGCACCCGUUUAACCCUCAGCAUGGCACCCGUCUGGCCCUCAGCCUGGCACCUGUUUAACCCUCAGCCUGGCACCCGUUUAACCCUCAACAUGGCACCCGUCUGGCCCUCAGCCUGGCACCCGUUUAACCCUCAGCAUGGCACCCGUUUGGCCCUCAGCUUGGCACCCGUUUGGCCCUCAGCCUGGCACCCGUUUAACCCUCAGCCUGGCACCCUUAAGAAGGACCAGGAGGGAGUGGAGGAGAAGAAGAUGACUAAGAAGGUGAAGGAGCUGAAGGUGUUGGACUCCAAGUCCUCCCAGAACCUCUCCAUCUUCCUGGGCUCGUUCCGUAUGCCCUACGAGGAGAUUAAGAAUGUCAUCCUGGAGAUCAACGAGAAGCUGCUUUCUGAGUCCAUGGUGCAGAAUCUGAUCAAGCAGUUGCCAGAACAGGAGACGCUGAAUGUUCUGGGGGAGAUGAAGGAUGAGUAUGAAGACUUGGCAGAGGCUGAGCAGUUUGGAGUCGUGAUGUCGACAGUGAAGCGUCUGAAGCCCCGGCUGACGGCCAUCUUGUUCCGGCUGCAGUUUGAAGAGCAGCUGAACAACAUCAAGCCGGAUGUGGUGUCCGUGACGGCGGCCUGCGAGGAACUGAAGAAGAGCACCACCUUCUCCCAGCUGCUGCAGAUCAUCCUGCUGGUGGGCAACUACAUGAACGCUGGUUCCCGCAACGCCAAGGCCUUUGGAUUCAGCAUCAGCUACCUCUGCAAGCUGCGGGACACCAAGACAACUGACCUGAAGCAGACUCUCCUGCACUUCCUGGCUGACGUGUGUCAGGAGCAGUACCCCGACGUCCUGACGUUCCCUGACGAACUUGUUCACGUAGAGAAGGCUAGCCGAGUGUCGGCUGAGACCCUGCAGAAAAACCUGGUGCAGAUGGGCUGUGCGUUGAAGACUCUGGACAAAGAUCUGGAGACCUUCCCUCCUCCACAGAGUGAUAGGGACAUGUUUGUGGAGAAAAUGACUAGCUUUGUGGCCAGUGCUAAAGAGCAACAUGAGAAGUUGGACAUGAUGCAUAAGAACAUGGAGAAGCAGUACUCCGACCUGGGGAACUACUUUGUGUUCGACCCUCGCAAGAUUUCUGUCGAAGAGUUCUUCGGUGACCUCAACAACUUCAAGAACAUGUUCCAGCAAGCGGUGAAGGAGAAUGCGAAGAGGAGGGAGUCAGAGGAGAAGAUCAGGAGAGCCAAGCUGGCCAAGGAGAAGGCUGACAGAGAGAAGGAGGAGAAACAGAAGAGAAGCCAACAACUGGACCUCAACGCAGAGGGUGAUGAGACUGGUAUCAUGGACGACCUGAUGGAGGCGCUGCAGUCUGGGGCUGCCUUCAGGAGGAAGAGAGGACCACGACAAGCUGCCAACCGGAGAGCUGGUCAUGCAGUGACGAACAUCUUGGCCAAAGAGUUGAUGCAGGAGGACACCGCACCCCGCUUCAGCAAACCACCCAAUAAGAAGACCAAGAUGGCGCAGAUGGAGGAGCCUAGCAUAGAGGGGGCGGGGUCACUAGAGGACCUCUUAGAGGACAGUCUAUCACGGUCCAAUUAAAGGAGAUGGGUGGAAGUUUGCCCUUAGCCACAGAUCUAGGAUAAGCUCGUCUUACUCAUAUCCUAACCUUAACCAUAGAGAAAUAUAGAAACUGUUCUUCAAUCAGUGUCUAAGGGCAACUUCAUCCUCCUGCCAGUUGAAGGAUGAGUCUGUGCCCAUUGUCCUUCAUGGGACCACUGGAUUGGACAUGCUGGGACUGAAGGAGCCAAUGGGUGAGGGCGGGGCUUUCACCAUGACACAGUCCCAGGGUUUUCCACGCUGAGGGACGACUCUUGCUUUGCCAUAUAAACAUAUCCCUGUUCAAGCAUCAGCAUCUGCACACAUCCACUGCACUCUCUAUUUCUCUCACACACAUCUACUGCACUCUGUCUAUAUUUCUCACACACACACACACACACACACACACACAAACUAUCGGUCUACUUUCCUCUGUCUGAAGUGCAUCGUGAGAAUCCAAAGACGGUGGGGAUGUCCUGCUGUAUGGAAGCCCUGGGUGGUUUUUGGAACACUUCUUUUCCCACGUGGUUUGAUUUAAAACCUAUUCAAUGUUGCUCUUUAAUUGUCAAAUAUACUGUAUGCUAAUGUUGUGCUGUAUACUGUAUGUUUAUAAAAGAAACAGGUGCCAACCAAUACAAUUCCAAGCUUCACAUUUCAGCUGUCGUGUUGUACAAUAGGGUUAGGGUGGACCAAACAAAAUCCUUCUACCUUAAAGUGUGUGUGUCUGUCUGUCUUUCUGUGUGUCUGUCUGUCUGUUUGUCUCUGUCUGUGUCUCUCCCUUUUGCUCUCUCUCUGUGUGUUUAUAUGAUAUCACAUGUUGAGUUUGUUCCACAAUCCUCAUCUCCACUGUUCUAUCUCCCUGGUUGACAGGGAGGAGUCACUGAUUUACUGGCUAUAUUUAGAGCACUCAUGGGCUUUCUCGUGGCUUUUCUCGUGGCUUUUCUCGUGGCUUUUCUCGUGGCUUUUCUCGUGGCUUUUCUCGUGGGCUUUUCUCGUGGGCUUUUCUCGUGGGCUUUUCUCAUGGGCUUUCUCGUGGGCUUUCUUAUGGGCUUUCUCGUGGGCUUUCUCGUGGGCUUUCUCAUGGGCUUUCUCGUGGCCUUUCUCGUGGCCUUUCUCGUGGCCUUUCUCGUGGCCUUUCUCGUGGCCUUUCUCGUGGGCUUUCUCAUGUAAGUCACUUUGGAUAAAAGCAUCUGCUAAAUGGCAUAUUAUACAUUAUUAUGAAAAGAGAAGUGUGUGUGUCUAGCGCUGUAUGUGUGUGUGUGUAAUGGGGGUUGUUUGUGCAUUUAUGUAGUGUGUGUGUGUGUGUCAGUUUGUGCAUGGGUAUGUUCUGUCUGUAAAUUCUGUCCGCUACUGCCUCUGUCUGCUGUCAGCAUAACUGCUAGAUUUCAUAAACAGAGCUGUGGUCUUUCUGCUGAGGUUACUGGAGGACCUGCCCAAAAACUGCUGAGAUGUGUUUGUGUUGUGUGUGUCCCAGUGUGUGUGUUUUGCCCUUUUAGACAGCAGCACCUGUUGCUUAAUGUCUGGACUUGCUUUUCUCUAUUCCGUAGCCAUCAGCAAAUGUUGCUGCCGCAACGCUAGUAUUGUGAGGAGUAGUUCUGUCACCUGCCUCAUGCAAUAACCAAUCCCUAUGCAAAUAUAACACAUCCCUACCGCUGAUCUCAAGUCAGUCUCAAGCGGUUUGAACAUCUGCAUGUUCAAACCUCUGUGGUUUCCAUAAGUACUGAUCAGUUUGUACUGUAGAGACAAGCACAAGUUGUUUAAGGGCUGUUACCAAGACAACAUGUUGUUGUUGUCGAGCUGAGAGAUGAGUUCAUGGUAAUUGUUGAUUCCUACAAAGGUAUUAAAAGGACCAACGUUACCACAAUGUUUGUGACGUGAUACAUUUCCAGCUUAUCCUCCAGUCAGUCAAAUGCUGGGGAGAAUGUCUGACUGGAGACAUUUAGCCCUCAGAUAGGGAUUGUUCGCCAGAAACACAACUACAACAUUGUGUCAACCGCAAGACAGCGUUCCUUGUGCAAAUUAGUUAUUUCAUGUAAUCCUAUAUCUAUUGAAUUUCUCUUUCAAACGUUGCUGAGAGGUUAAAAAACAGACUAGAAAAUCAUUAUUUUCCAUUUAUUUUCAUUGUCUUUUUUUUUCUUCAUUUGAUUAGUUUGUUUUCAAUGUCAAUUUUUACUCUUGUUUGUUUUAAUGCUAGUGAGGUUUCAUUUUGUUUUGAGAGAUAUCACUGUGGUAAUGUGUAUAUGGUAUUAUGUAUGAAGUCCUUCUGUUAAAAUAUCGUCAAUAAGAAUGUCUGAGGAUUAUUUUGUACGA